AUGAAAUCAAAUGGAAGAUCUAACAGCUACAUUCCACAUUAUGAUGCAAUAACUCAUAAGACUUCAGCCAUUAACUUCCAUGGUGUUGAUCAUGUGGUUGAUCAACAUAAGAAACUCUAUUUCCUGUUUGGGGAAGUAGCAUCAGAACCCAGGGACAAUGUGUAUCUGUGCUGCAGCUUGAGGCAGAAUGAGCCACCUUUGUGCAGGGGAUCACAGGCCAGAUGCCACUCUCCAGGCUACUGUGGAUAUUCGUGGCCUUCGUCUUCUCUGGUAGGGACCGUUCCAAACAUGGGAUCCAGCGUGGCCCAGAAAGUUGCCCAAAACCAGCCAAUUAUAUUCAUGCAAGAGGGGACAAAAGUCACCCUGAGCUGUCAGUAUGAAACAGCACAGCUCUUAUACUAUAUUUUUUGGUAUAAGCAGCCUACAAAUAGAGAAAUGAUUUUCCUUAUUCGUCAAAGUUCUUCUGCUGAGAACACAAGCAGUGGCCGUUAUUCUGUAAACUUACAGAAAGCAACUAAAACCAUCAUCUUCAGCAUUUCGCCCUUACAGCCAGAAGAUUCAGCAAAAUAUUUCUGUGCUCUCUGGGAAAACACAGUGCUUAAAAUAAUAGUAAAAGCUCAACAAAAACUCCAGAUCUUGGUAACAGAGUCCCCCACAACUGCAGAAGCCAAGCUGAAAUGCACACCUGCAGACUCCAAACUCGAAAUGGCAGUUCGAAAUGGCAAUGACAGCGGUUGCUUAAUCUGUGGUCUGGAUCAUACGAUUUAA